AUGAAUAAGCGAUCGUCCGUAUCAACAGUGCCGGGGACAAGUCCUUUACGGGUGGGAUUCAUUGGGCUCUCAGCUACCAAAGGAUGGGCCAUAAAAUCGCACUAUCCUGCGAUCUUGCAAGUUCCAUCACAGUUUCAAAUCACAGCAGUUUUGGAUGUUGAUUUGGAAGCUUCCAAGUCUACUAUUGAAAAGUUGAAACUGGUGCGGGCCACUCCGUUCGAGGACGUACGACUAUUUGCCCAGUAUGACAAAAUGGACCUCAUUGUGGUCUCCAUUAACGUGCCCAAUUUCUAUAAAGUGGUGACUGACCUGUUCAAGUACUCUCAGGGCAAUGUGAGCUUUAGGUAUUUGUUUGCGGAAUGGAGUUUGGGCCGCAACUUACAAGAGGCCCAAGAAGUCUACCGACUGGCCUCCUUACGCGGAAUUCGAACCAUUGUGUCUUUACAAGGCCGAAAGUCACCAUACGUCUUGAGGGCCAAAGAGCUGGUGUCACAGGGGUGUAUUGGCGAGAUAAGCAGCGUCGAGAUUGCAGCAAUUGGCGGAUUUUACGGCUACGAACGGCCUUUCAAAUCGCCAGAUUAUCUUUACGACGCGGAGAGCGGUGUCAACUUGAUCUCCGCAGCCUUUGGCCACACUAUCGAUAUUCUGCAAUACAUCACAGGCUCCUAUUUUUCCGAAGUCAAUGGUAUGAUCUUCAACAACAUCCCGAGGCAGCGGUUGGUCGACGAGCGAGGCAAAAGCAUGGAUCAAGAAAAACCCAAGUCGGCACCAGACCAUUUACUUUUCCAAGGGUCUCUCGAACAGGGAAACGUACCCGUUUCUUGCAGUUUCAAAGGCGGGACACCAGUUAAAAAAUUCACUAAAAACUUGGUUAUUGACAUUCACGGCACUAAAGGUGACCUAAAAUUGGAAGGUGACGCAGGCUUUGCCGAAAUGUCCAACCUAGUACUGUAUUUCUGCGGCCAAAAACCGACCGGGGAUCUAUCCACGAGCUCUGCCGAAACCAUGGAAGUCUACCACCUGCGCAAUUACAAUUCCAUCGUCGGCAACGUGUUACGCAUUUACGAAGCAAUCGCAGAUCACCAUUUCAGGGCAGAUCCCUCCAAGAGAUUGCCCGAAAAUUUCACAAAACAAGGAUUUGAGUUUGGUGGAUUCCCGACUUUCACCGAUGCCAUUGUGGUGCACAAUCUUAUUGACGUGGUGCUGCGCAGUCACGACCAAAAAGCUACUCUUCCGGUACCGAUGCCAACUAUCAAAGAUGACCUGCAAAGCACUUGA